GUGUACAUUGAUUAUACAGAUACGAGCCGCGAAACCGGGCGCAGAAUUGGCGUAGAUUUGGUUGCCGGUGAACCCCAUAGGAAGAUUCUCCUACCACUUAGGAGAAAAGGGCUUCCUAUUUUCGUCUUUUUCUCGCUGUCUCGCCUAGGAAUUGAGAAUUGUGUGGAAUAUUCAUACCCAGGAUAAAAUCAUCUCACUUUGCGAGAUAGUUUCAUCCCUUUCUUUCGACUUGAAAGUGGUUUCAACUUCAUUGGGACCAUGCAGCUUUUGGCGUUUUACACCUCAGUGCUGGUGGCGGUCGCUUGUUUCCUAGCGAUGGGCGAGCUUCGGGGCGUCGCCGGGGUGCAGAUCCGGCGAAACGGAAAAACCUGUGAGGAAUACCCAGUGGAAAAACGUGAGGAAAUCGCAAACGUCGUCCUCUCUGGCUACAUCCACCGCAUCAUGAGGAAGCCUAGGACUAUCAUGUACGAUUGCGACAUCGAAAUCGUCCGCGUGUUUAAGGGUUACGAAGAUUUGCACUCGAAUGUGGUCCCGCCGAUGAAUGGCAACACGAUCCAAAUCGGUGGCUUCGGCGACCCGGCGAUCUGUGACAACGCCGUCUCGACAGGAGACACCCGAAUCUUGAUGUUGAAUAAAAAUGGUGAUGGGCAUCUGAUGUUGAAUUCUAGUGUCAUCAGGAUCACCCUCAACAACCUGGUCCAGGCUGAGGCUGCAGUAUUAGGUAUGUUUCAAAGCAAGGGAAUUUAUAGUGGAAUAUAUUUUUAAAAUUGGUGAUUCUUG